CUCGUUCUGGUCUCUGCCACCCCACCUCCCCGUUCGGCCUCGGCUUCGUUCUUUAUCGUCGGUUAUCCGGGGCGUGUUCUUCCCUGUCCUUCUUCGGGAUCUUGGCCAGUGGGGAAUCCAACAAUCCUGUCCCGAUUGUUUCCCCAACCUGACAUCAGCCGCGCCUCGCCCACCUCUUGUCCGUCCUUUCCGGCCACGCAUCCUCAUCGCCCUCCUUGGGAAUCGAAAACAUUCUUCUUUUCCAUCGUCGUUCUAUCUCCUCCGUGUACUUGGCUCCUUCAAGUACCAAUUCCGCCUCGUUCCACUCUAGUGUGUCGGCUGCUUCCUCCCCCGCGCAAAUAUGGCGGCCAUGGAGGAAUUGGAGAUCCAUAGCAAGUCCUACUUUGUUCGCUGGGUGAAUGUCAAACCCGGCCAUACCAUCUCUUGGAGCAUUCAGCCGCAUAAGAAGUCCCUCAAUUUCGGAAUUUUCAAGCAUCCCGGUCAUUCCGCCGUCUUGAGCUCCAAUGGUCUAUCGGCCGGAGAUUCUCACAGUACCGACUCGACCGAAAACCUGCCAUCCACCGGAAGCUCGCGAUCGAAUUCAUCCGCCUCGAUUCUCGACCGGUUGGCAGGCUUCGGCCUGAAGCAGAUCCGCUGGCUCGGCAAAUGCGAGGCUGAAAAGAUCGUAAAGGGCACCUACGACGUGCCCGCCAACGAGGGCGGAAACUAUGCGCUUGUGUUUGACAACACCUUUUCCAAACAGAUCUCCAAGACCGUGACCCUCGUCCUGCUCACUUACCCCACGGCGCUGCCUCCGCAGUCGGUCCCGGUCCCUCAUGCCGCCAGCCAGCCGUCUCAGGCGACGGAUGCGCCCGAGACUACGACCUCGCGGCGACGGGGCAACAGUACGGCCAAAUCACUCCCGCAGACUAUUGACUGCGAUUCGGGCCUGAUCCACACCGGCAUCCUGCACAAGCGACGCAGAAAGCGGCAUCAGGGAUGGGCAAGACGGUUCUUCUCACUGGAUUUCAAAACCUCGACCCUGUCCUAUUAUCACGACCGCAAUUCCUCCGCUUUGCGAGGCUCGAUUCCCCUCUCUCUGGCGGCCGUGGCGUGUAAUGAGAAAACCCGCGAGAUUUCCAUCGACUCCGGCACCGAGAUCUGGCACUUACGUGCAAGCAACGACGAGGAAUUCAUUUCGUGGAAACGAGCCCUCGAGAAGGCCUCUUCUUCCAAGACCCCGGCCGAAGAAGUUCUGUCACCGGAGCCGCUACUGCGCGUGCCGUCGCAGCGUUUCGGACCCCCCGUGUCCGAUGAUCGCGAGUGGGGUCGUAUUGAAGGACUGGUUAGCCAGGUAUCGGGGUCGAGAGACCUCAUCCGUCGGCUGGCGAGAGAUACGGAUCCGAAGUACUUGAGCAGCGCCAGUGCAGUUGAGCGACCUCGUGCCCGAUCUCCGAGCCCUCCUCCCCGCGAGCCCAACGGCGGUGAUGCCGAAUCGCGAGAAAAGCGCCCGUUUUGGAAGCGCAAGACCAGCUCGGCCGCCCAACAAAAACGGCCUCCGACCGCCGUCGCUGCCUCCUCGUCCUCUCAGCUGGCCGUGCCGGCUCCCGGCGCCGGCGAUACUGGCUCCCUCUCCGGUGAUCGGAAACCGAGCAGUAUUUCCAGUCACCCCGAUCAGAUUGAAGAGAUUCAUGAACAUCUGCUGACAGUUCUCCGCGACCUGGAUAAUGCCGUGAGCGAGUUUUCAACUCUGAUCGCGGAGAGCAAGCAGCGGCGAGAGCAGCAGCCCAGUCUCCCCAUCCAAUCCCGCCGCAGCUUUGAGUCGGACGUGUCGCAGGAGUUCUUCGAUGCCGUUGACGGUGGCGACGCGUCUCCCCUACUGACCAUCCAGGACAGCGACGACGAAGCCGCCGACGGCGCCACGAGCCCCGACGCUGCGACUUCCAAGCCCGAGGAAGACGUGGUGAUCGAUGACGCGCCUUCAGACAGCGAGGACGAAGAAUCCGACGUCCCUGCACCCAAUAGCGACCGCUUUUCCUCUUUGUUCCCCAUCCGUCCCAAGUCUCUCACCCCGUUGCCACUCAGCAAUGUGCCUCGCCGCUCGAACAUCACUGCUCCCACGGUGAUGCCCCCUAGUCUGAUUGGGUUCCUCCGCAAAAAUGUCGGCAAGGAUCUGUCGCAAAUCUCUAUGCCGGUAUCUUCCAACGAACCGCUGUCUCUCCUGCAACGUGCGGCCGAGGUGGUGGAAUAUUCGCCCCUCCUCGAUCAUGCAGCCAGCGCUUCCGACCCUGUCGAGCGACUUGUCUACGUGACCGCGUUCGCCCUUUCGUCACUGUCCAACGGCCGGGUCCGCGAGCGCGCGAUCCGCAAGCCCUUCAACCCCAUGCUCGGCGAGACGUACGAACUUGUCCGCGAAGAUCUCGGAUUCCGGUUCAUCGCCGAGAAGGUUUCACACCGACCCGUGCAGCUGGCGUACCAGGCGGACAGCAAGGACUGGAGCCUUGCCCAAUCCCCCAUGCCGACGCAGAAGUUCUGGGGUAAGUCGGCUGAGAUCAUCACGGACGGCAAAAUGCGCCUGACCCUGCACACCACCGGCGAGCAUUUCAGCUGGUCCUCGGCCACCUGCUUCCUGCGCAACAUCAUCGCCGGCGAGAAGUAUGUCGAGCCGGUCGGUGAAAUGUCUCUGGCCAACGAAACCAGCGGCCAGAAGACCGUCUCCGUCUUCAAGGCCGGCGGCAUGUUCUCCGGCCGCAGCGAAGAAGUCAGCACCAAGGCCGUGGACUCGUCCGGCCGUGAGCUCCCCCUGGGCCUAACCGGCACCUGGACCACCUCCCUCCAACUCACCAAGAACGGCUCGCCCACGGGCACCACCGUCUGGAAGGCCGGGCCCCUGGUGUCCAACGCCCCCAAACACUACGGUCUCACCACGUUCGCCUCGGCCCUGAACGAAAUCACCCCCAUCGAAUCCAACAAGCUGCCCUCGACCGACUCGCGUCUGCGACCGGACCAGCGCGCCCUGGAGGACGGCGACGUGGACCGCGCCGAGGAAGUCAAGGUGAAGCUCGAGGAGGGCCAGCGCGCGCGCCGCCGCGAGAUGGAAGCCACGGGCGAGUCGUGGACGCCACGGUGGUUCACCCGCGUGGACGACGACGGCGGCGAUGACGAAGUCGCCUGGCGGUUGAAAUCCGGCAAGGACGGAUACUGGGAGGAACGGUCCCGAGGGAGCUGGUCUGGUGUGGUCCCGGUGUUUGAACAGUAGCGAAGCUACCUAGGUAUCUAUCUACUGUCUUUUGUAUAUCUCUCUUGGGUGGGACAUAUAGAAUCAAAUGUGCAGGGGCUAUUUUUGUGUGCACUGUACAUUUUAUUGAAGUUUACUUGACCUUGAUUUCAUCCCUUCCUCUACUUAUAUUCCCCAUUUCUUUCGGUUCAGAGAGUACUAUUCUUCUACUUCUACUAGUUAGAUUUUUCUUCUGAGACAAUCUCCUAAAUAUUUGAUGUAUAGAAAAUAG